AUGGAUCGAUCAAGUUCAGUACCUCGCUCUGCUUCUGCAAUCUUAAUUCCUCCAUCUUAAGCACCAUCAUACCGACCAACUGUUGUACCAUCUUAAUUUUCAAAUUCUCAAAUGAAAUUUAUGAAUGACUUAAUUUAACAGCAACCCAACAGUUAGAGAUAAGCUGUUAGUCAAUAACUUGAAUAACUAACUCCUGAGGAAAUAAGUGAAAUUUAGAGAAAGUUAGAAAAUGGUUAGAUUUUACAUGGUCUCUCAACACUACCUGAAGGAGCCAAUAUGACACAUAAAUUUAUAGUUAAAGUGAGAAAGCAUAAUCAACCUGCUCAACCAAUAAAAUAAUUACCUCCUCCUCCACCACCUUAAAGGUAUAUUCCCUAAUAUUGUGCUGAUUGUUUGAAUAAGGAUUAAAAAGUACUAAAUUUAUUGUAUAUGAAAUUAGUUAAAGUAAUAGGAUGCAAAGAUUGAAUAAUUACUGGAUGAAAUGAAUAAGAUGAGUAAGUUUUUGGUUGAUAAGAGUCAAGAGAUUGAAAUUUGGAAAAGACAAUAUAUGGCUAUUUAAUAAGUAAAAAUAUCUAAACCAUAUUUAUUAGGAUCUAUCAAAACCAAAAGUGAUUGAUAAUUCAGAUAAGUAUCUAAGAGAGAUAAAUGAUUUAAAAAAUAGAUUAAAUUAAAAGGAUAAUGAAAUUUAAUAGCUUGAAACAAAUAUCAAAUAGAUAUAAGAAAAUCAAGAUUAAUUUGAAUUGAGAGGUGGAAAUAAUGAUGAUGGUGAAUUAGAAUAAUUGUAAAAAGAUUUAUAUGAUGCCAAAUAAGAAAUUGAAAUAUAUAAGGAAGAUAAUGAUAGAUUGAAUUAUAAAUUAAGUAAUAUGGAAGCACAAUUGAAAAAUAAGAAAACAGAAGUAACUACUAUUUAUAGACCUGAUCCUGAAACUGAAAGAUAACUUAAAGAACUACAAAGCAGAUACACUCUUCUAUAAUCAUAAUAUUACACUAUAUCUGAAUAAUCUAAAACAGUUAAAAAAGAAAUUCAAUAUGAAACUAAAAUAGUCUACCAACCAGAUCCUGAAACAGAAAGAUAAUUAUAAGAAUUAAAAUAAAGAUACACUCUUCUUUAAUCAUAAUAUUACACUCUAUAAGAAACUAGUAAGAUUGUAUAAAAAGAAAUACAAUAUGAAACAAAAGUAAUUUAUUAACCAGAUCCUGAAACAGAAAAAUUGUUACAAAAGAAAAUCUAAUAAUAUGAAGAAUUAUAUGCUAGAUAUAAUUUAAUUCAAGAUUAAUAUACAACAUUAUAAUAGAGAUAAUAAACUACAAUAUAUGAAACUAAAACUAUUUAUUAACCAGAUCCUGAAACAGAGAGAUAAUUAUCAAUCAAAAUAGAUCAAUAUAAUUAAUUGUAAUCAAAAUAUAAUUAAUUACAAAAUUAAUAUUAUUAAUUGGAAGAUAGAAGUAAAUUUGUUUAGAAGGAGAUAUAAUAUGAAACUAAAACUAUAUAUUAACCAGAUCCUGAAACAGAAAGAUAAUUAUAAAUCAAAAUAGAUUAAUAUAAUUAAUUGUAAUCAAGAUAUAAUUAAUUACAAAAUUAAUAUUAUUAAUUGGAAGAUAAAAGUAAAUUUGUUUAGAAGGAAAUAUAAUAUGAAACUAAAAUAGUUUAUUAACCAGAUCCUGAAACAGAAAGAUUAUUAAAAUUAAAGACUUAAUAAUUAGAAUCUAUGACAUCUAAGUGUAGUAUGUUAUAAGAAUAAAUUGAAACAACAAGAAUAUAAAUAGAAUAGUAUUAAACUAGAAUAUAUUAAUUUGAAUCAAGAAAAUCAGAUAGUGAAAAUUAUUAAAUAUAGAUUGAACAACUAAAAGAAUAAUUAAGAAGAGCAAAUGCUGAGAUUGAAUAAUAUACUAGAAAAAUAUAUUAAUUAGAAUCUAAUAAUGAAUAAACAGUAUUUCUUAAGAAAUAGAUAUAAGAUAUUAAAUUAUAGUAUGAACAGGAAUAGUAAUUAACUUUUUAAUUGAAAAGAAGAAUUGAAGAAAUGAAGACUGAACAAUCUUAAUAUGAAGUUUAUUAAUUUAAGGUAAGAGAAUUAGAAGUUUUAUUAUAAUAAAAAGAGGAUAGAAUUAGAUAAAUUUAAUUGGAGUCUGAUUAAUAUAGAUCUGAAAUGAUUACUUAUCAAUAAAGAAUAUAAAGUUUUUAAGUCAAUAUUGAUAAUAAUGAGAUUCUUAAAUAAUAGAUUUAAUAAUGGAGAGAGAAAUAUGAAUAAUUGGAAUAAAAAUAAAGAUAUUAAAUAAAUGAGGAAGUUAAUUAAUGGAAAAUGAGAUAUGAAUAAAUUGAAUAGAGAUAUGUUUCAUUAUAAUAAAGUUAUGAAACUAUUUAAAUUACUUUAAAUGAAUAUUAAGAUAAUGAAUAAUCAGAAGUUUUGAAAUUAGAAAUCAAGAGAUUAUAAAAAACUGUAUGAAUAAAUAAUUAUUAAUAGAUUGUUGAAUUGAGAAGUGAAAUUGAUAGAUUACUAGUUUAAGCUUCAGAUAAUUAAUGGUUAUAAAAAAGAUAUGAGGAAUAAUAAUUAUUAAUAGAAUAAUAUAAAUCUUAAUUAGAAGAGAGAUAAUCAGUAUAAAGAGAAUAUACUUAUGAAAUCUAAAAUUUGAAUUAAAAAAGUGAAGUUAUGAGUAAUCAAAAGACAGUGACUACUUAAUAAUAAAUAACAUAGGAUUCCAAAUUAAUUUAUCCAUCUAUUACUUAAUAAACUAAAACUAUUGAAUAUAGUUCAAUUUAACCAAAAAUAAAUGAAUAUAGUUCUUAUUCAUCUAGACCUAUAGAAUAUACAAGUGUAUAAUAAAGAUAAUCAUUUUAACAAUCAGGAUUUCUGUAACCCAGUUAGAUCAUUAUGAAUGAAUAAAAAAGAGUAAUAUAUUUAUGAUUAUGAAAUUAGAGUAGAGUGUAAUAAGAAUUUAGUUCUUAGAGAUGGAAUGAUAAUUAUGAAGUAGUAUUGAAUGAAGUGACUUAAAAAGAGAAGUAAUAUUCAUGAUAUAACAAAAUAAAUUAAAUAAAUAAAAAGAUUUUAUUUUAUGAAUACUACAUCAAUCCCAGCAGAACGUACACUGUUUGUUUCAAAAUACCCUUAAUAAACAACCACUGAACAAUUAAAGAAUAUAUUUUCAGAAUUUGGCCAAAUUGAAUAAAUUAUCUCUCAAGGAUCAGGAGUAUGUAUAAUCUAUAAAGAAAAUCAAAGUGGUAAAUUAUUGUCAUUAUAUAUUCUAAGUUACUUCUGCUCUCUAAAAAUCUAUUAAUAUCAAUGGAGAAGAACCCUAUGUUUGUUAAUACUUAAAUAUAGCUCAGUUGGAUCAUGAAGCUAAUGUCUUUAUUGAUAAUAUUGAUAAAAAAGAGACUUAAUCUUCUCUUCGUUAACUUUUCAGUUAAUUUGGAACUAUUCUAAGUGUCAAAUUAUAGAAAUCAGAUAAAGUAGGUGUUGCCUAUAUAUAAUUUGAUAAAAAAGAGUCUGCUGAUAAAUGUAUUGCAGAAUAAUCCAGAUUAGGAUUUAAAAUUUAGAAGUAUCUUUUUAAUCUUAUUCUUUAGAUUUACAUCUAAAAAACAACAUAGAGAUCAAGUAUACAUAAGUAACAUUAAAGUGUUACCAAAUGUCACACCAGAUUAAUUAAAAUCUGAUUUACAGUCAUUUGUAUAAUCUUUUGGAACUGUUGAAUCAUUGAUUUUAAAUAGAAAUACAACAAAUGGAACAUUUUUUGCAUUUGUAAAAUUUGUCAAUUAGGAGAGUGCUAAAGCAGCUGUCAAAUCAAAUAAAUUAUUUAAUGAUUAAUAAAUACACAUAGAAUGGGUAGUCAAUAAUGUUGACAAAGAUAUUGAAGCUAAUUUAUUCACUAAAAACCUUAAAGCAGAUAUUACUGAAGAAGAUUUAAAAAAAGCUCUUAAUUUAUUGGUUACUGUAGAAGAUAUCAAAUUAAUGCCAUCAAAAUAACCACCUAAUGGUAAUUACUUAUUAUUAUUUAUUUAUUAGGUAAUAGACAACCUACUUAAAUAGCUUAUUUAUAUUUUAAAACAGCUGAAGAUGGUAAGAAAUUGAUAGCAUAUGCAUAUGAUCAUCCAUAAAUUGUGUCAUUAUAUGUUAAUGGAGUGAUAUCACUUUCCCCUCUCUUACCACCUUCUGAAGUGAAUUCACUAUUAUAAGUGAAGAAAAAUACAUUUUAAAGAUAAUUCCAUUAACCUUAAUAUUAAUAAUAUCAAUAAUAAUAAAUGCCACCUCCUCCUUAUUAUUAAUAAUAAAGAUAUCCUCCUUAAUAAUAAUAACCACCAAGAUAACAUCAUAAUGGAAAUCGUUAUCCUUAAUAGAAGAGACCUUAUUAUCAAUAACAAAUCCCAGAUCUAGUCUAAUUAUAAAUUAUGGUUGAUAGAGGCUAAAAAUAGUAAGUUACUGAUAUGAUUGGAAUGUAGCUAUUUCCAAAAGUAACCUAAGUUGUUGGCCCUAUUAAUGUAAAAAAUAUUUUAUACUAAGGCACCACAAGUUACUGGCAUCUUGCUUGAUUUUGAAAAUUAUUAAUUAAGCGAUUAGGUUAGGAUGAUUCAAGAUUCAGCUUAUUUGGGCGAGAAUAUCAGAUAAGCACUUGAAAUUCUUAAAUGAGU